AUGGACACCGCGGGUCAAGGAAAGUAUGCAGCCAUCCGUGAAAGCCAUAUCUACGAGGGGGAAGCUUUCAUUAUUGCAUACAGCGUCACCUCGCGGGGGUCGUUCUCUCACGUACGAGCGUACUACAACCAGAUCAAAGAGGUGAAACAAGAUAUGAGCAUCAAAGAUACUUUACAGCAGUCACCUUCUCAGCGUCCAUGUCGUCCGCCCAUUGUUCUGGUCGGUACUAAGAACGAUUUACAAGCCCAGCGUGAAGUCUCCGCCAAGGAAGGUCGGAUGCUAGCAAAGUCGCUAGACUGCUGGUUUUAUGAAACAUCUGCUAACGGCCGUGUUCCCCGCAAUGGACAGAACGGCUACAGUUAA